UUGACCACCUCAGCUGAAAGAAGAGGAGAAGCGAAGAGAAGAGAGGGGGAGAGAGAAAGAAGGGAUUUAGAGAGAGAAAACACAGGAAAAAUUCGAAACCCUAAUUCCCAAAGCUAAGCCCUAAUCCUUUCUAUCAUUCCUCUCGUCGCUUCUCUUCAUCCAAUCGCCACCGCUAAAUCCAUUCUUUCUCACUCAUCUUCAUCUCAAUUAAAAUUAAGCCAUGGUUUUCUGGGUUUUUGGCUACGGUUCACUUGUGUGGAACCCAGGAUUCGAAUUCGAUGAGAAAAUUAUCGGCUACAUUAAGGAUUACAGACGUGUAUUUGAUUUAGCAUGCAUUGAUCACCGGGGUACACCUGAAAGCCCUGCAAGAACUUGCACGUUAGAGGAGAAAGAAGGAGCAAUUUGCUGGGGUGCUGCUUAUUGUGUUAAAGGUGGCGCUGAGAAGGAAAAAUUUGCUAUGCAGUAUUUGGAAAGGCGAGAAUGUGAAUAUGAUCAAAAGACUCUCGUAAACUUCUACAAGGAAGGAGAGACACUGCAACCUGCUUUAACGGGAGUGAUAGUAUUUACAUCUACGCCGGAUAAAAUUAACAACAAAUACUACCUGGGACCUGCCCCUCUUGAAGACAUGGCUAGGCAAAUAGCAACUGCCUAUGGUCCUUGCGGAAACAACAGGGAUUAUCUUUUCCUUUUGGAGAAGGCCAUGUACGAUAUUGGCCACGAAGAUGACUAUGUAAUAGAGCUAGCUAAUGAAGUAAGGAAAGUACUUGGAAUGGGGAAGGCACUACCAAAGGACAAAAAGUUGGUUGGAGCACCAUCACAACUUCAACACCCUCCUCAUGUACCUAUUCCAACCCUUCAGCUUCAUCCUCUUCCAGAACCCAUUGCUUUGGAUAGCUGAUAUGACCAGAGGUUACUGAAAGAUGAUGCUGAAUUAUGGACUAAGCUAAUUCACCCUGGAUCCUGCUAAAUGCUAACCCCAUUCAAAUUCUUCUACUACCCUUUAUUUCUCAAAAGAAAAGCAUAAGAAAUAUAUAACUGUUCUACCUGUUAUGACUAGUUUUAGAGGCACUCUUUUAAGCCUUUCUACGGAGGUACUUCUCAGGUUUGGUGAGACAAAAUAAGACCAUGUUUUGAAUUAGAAGGAAUUUGAGGAUACUUUACACCUGCAGUGCGAUUAUUGAAAAUGUUCCGAGGCAUGUAAUACUUGAGUUAGUAAUGUAUACUUGACUACUUGAGCUUUUGUUCAA